AUGCCUUCCUUCACCCAAGUUGCUGCCUUCGUUGCCGCCGCUGUCUCGUUGGUCAGCGCGAACUCCAUGACCUUCAUCAACCAGGACGGGACGACUCGACGCAUUGUCUUCACCCCGGACUACGGACAUGCUGCCAUUGACUCCAUCACGCUCCCUGGAAACGCACAGGCUAGGGCAGAGUUCCCGACUGGGUGGAUUGGUAACGCCUACUCCGUUAGCGAAGGAAAGGAGGAUGUCCCUGGCAUGCUUGCUGAGGUUGCAUACCAGGGCUGGGAUGGCCUGACUUACUUUGACGUCUCGGCCAUCGUCAACGCUGCUGACCACGACGGUGUCAAGCAAAUGUUCCCGGCCAGCCAGCUGUCCGUCGAGCCCAAGACGGUGUUCUCGGGCUGCCUCGUCUUCCCUUGCGGCACGGCGUACUACCUGCCCGACGACAUUCAGACGGUGACGACCCCGGAGACGGACAUCAUCGUCACGCUAGGCAGCUCCCCUAACGACGUCGUUGCCCGCGAGGAACCCAGGAUGGUGCCCCGUCACUACGUCCUCGGCAACCUGUCGGCCUAG